AUGUCCACUUCUCUUCCCGGCUCUUCCCAGGGCUCCAGGUGCCUGCAGCCCACUUCGUCUCUGAUGACGGAGCCCUUCCCUGAUGUGCCAGUGCCAGAUGCUUCUGCGAAGACCGGCAUUCUGCCGAACCGACCACUCUCCACUGCACAGCUUCAAAGAUACAUCCAUGAGGCUGCAUAUCAUCGGGGAGAGGAGGAUCCUCUUCCGCCCCUGCAACCGCCCCUGCAGCAGCCCAGCCUGGCCCAUGCUCAGGCUGAGGACGUGCUCUCUGAGGAGGAUGUCCUGCGUAUGCUGGCAGAAAUGCGCAGAGUUCCGCCGGCGCUGCGGUUGGUCAAGGAUGCCCUGGUCAAUUACCAGAGAUCUAGCAAGCACAACGCCAAGGGCCAGGAGCGAGAGCGGCUGAGUCGCGCCCGCAAGUGCUUGUACCCGACGCCAGAGCUCACGCAGGCGGCACCCCUGCCCAGCAAGGAUCCGCCAACACGGGCGACAUCUUCCCGCUCCACGUCGGCAGGGCCUUCGACGGCUACGCCGCGGCUUCCAAGCUCUCCUUGGUGGACUGGAAGCCGCCCCGCAACAACGGGACAUCCCGCGCACUCGGUUUGGCCGCAGGCUCCACACAACCGCCCACGCACAUCGCCAAACACGUCAACACCAGCCAUUGCAAAGCCGAGGAUGGUGGAUCUAGGCAGCCCGACGUCUGGACCCAGCCCGACGUCCUUGCCGAUUCCUGGGAGGCGGGCAUUCGGCAGCAUGCUCUCUGUGACGUCGCAGCGGUCGUCCAUGGAGUCCCUGAUGGAUGUACUUCACACACAUAGUGUGGUGAAAAAGAACGCCUCAAGAAAGGUUGCUUCCAGGUUGGCUAUGCUGGCAGGAAGGCUGCACCACAAGGUUUUCCUGUUACGGGCCAAGCAAAAGAACGCUUGCGAGCUGGCCCGGUCCUGCCGCAAGCGUGUGAUAACCACGCGGACGAAGCGGCAGGAGGAGAAGAACAUAGCAGCGGCUGCCAUUCACUCCAGGCAGCUGGAGGAGUGGGGACCAAAUCCAGUGAUGUCUACCUCGGUGCGCCGUGCACGGACCGGUGUCGUUUCUGAGGGCGACAAAUCCAAGCGAGAAGAAGGGGUCGCAGAGGAAAAGACACAGGAGCCAGACAUCAACAAGAAGGUCAGAGAAGAGACACCACCUCCUAUCAAGGAGAAAGAGGCUUUCAACUCGUUCAAAGCCCACUCCAUGUCAAUGGACUACAACCUCCCUGGGGGCCAUGUGACUCAGGCAUGGAAAUUGUUCAAGCACUAUGACGCCAACGACGAUGAUCUUCUUUCCCCGUAUGAGUUCCAGCUGCUACUGCGCACAGUGCUCCGAGAGCGCUAUCCACGAGCGAAGGAUGUGCCACGUGAGCUGUUCAAGGAAGCCAUCGAAAUUCAGCAGACACAGAUCUCAGUGACCUUCGAAGACUUCCUUACAUGGAUCACACGAAAUGCGUUCCAGGAAUGUUUGCUGCUCACCGACGAGCAACGAUUCAUUCGACUGGUGGCACGACGGUUCUACGUCUCUGUGCCGGACGUGGAGAAGGUGAAGCGGCGCUUCGAUAGCUUCUGCCAGGCCAACCCGGGCCUCCUCGAAUACCAAGAGUUUUGCCAGCUAAUCGCACUGCUGCUCAACCUGCGCGACACGACGGCUCUGCCAGAGAGCCGGGUGAAGUCGUUCUGGCGCGAGCUCGACGACAACGGCAAAGGUUCCGUGGACUUCACAGAGUUCAUUCCCUGGUACUUGGGCUACUUCGGCGGGGACGACGGGUCGUCCCUGGUCAACUUCUACCGGCGUAUCCGCCCCACAGUGUUUGAGGAUGACUGA